AUGUCACAGUUCCGCGCCAAGAAGCUCGACAUUGGAGGCUUCAUCAACAUCCGUGUUAUCCGUGAUCACACUAAGCGUAAGGUUUUCGAACAAUAUGAGCCUGAACGACAAGCCCUCCGCUACAUAAUCCGAAACACCACGCUGCCCCAGCGUGUCCGCGCCCAGGCCCAACUGCAGCUCUCGCAAAUGCACGCCUACACCCGGUCUACGCAAAUCAAGAACCGCUGUGUGGCGGGAGGUACAGCCAGGAGUGUUUUCCGAGACUUCAGGAUUGGAAGAUAUCAAUUCCGCCAACAGGCGCUCGCGGGUGAGCUACCGGGAGUGAAGAAGGCUAGUUGGUAG